AUGACUUCUGCAAGUUCGGUUUUGCACUCAGAACAUAUCAGGGAUGAAGCGAUUCUUGCCAGGUUAGGAUACAAGCAGGAGUUUCGGAGGGAGUUUACUCCACUAGAGGUAUUUGGUGUCGCGUUCAGCAUUGUGGGGCUCCUUCCAUCUAUUGCGUCGGUGCUCUCCAAUGUCAUGCCCAACGGUGGUGCUCUUACGAUGGUUUGGGGUUGGCUGUUUGCCUGCGUCUUUAUCAUGUGCAUCGGAUUGGCCAUGGCAGAACUUGCCUCUGCGGCACCAACCUCAGGUGGACUGUAUUACUGGACAUAUUCGCUUGCCUCCCCUCGUUGUCGGAAUUUUCUCUCGUGGAUGGUUGGGUAUACUAAUUCGAUCGUGUAUGUCGCGGGACUUACUGCAGUGGAUUGGGCAUGCGCGAUCCAAAUCGCAGCAGCGGUCAGCAUCGCAUCCAAUCAAGUAUACGUGUCAACCAACGGGCGGACCUAUGGUAUAUUUGCGGCGUUGGUGUUAUCCCAUGCUGUCCUUGUGAGCUUUGGGACGCAAGUCCUGGCAAAACUUCAAAGACUAAACAUCUUCCUGAAUGUGUCCCUCUGCCUGAUAGUCAUCAUCGCGCUUCCAAUCGCAACGCCAUCGGAAUUCAGAAACAGCGCUAGCUACGCGCUAGGGGACUUCACUAACUUGAAUGGCUGGCCGUCUGGAUUUGCGUUCAUAUUGAGUCUAUUGGCGCCUCUCUGGACGAUAGGUGGUUAUGAUUCAAGUGUGCAUAUGAGUGAGGAGACAUCCAAUGCUGCUACCGCCAUCCCAUGGGCGAUUGUCGCCUCUAUUGCAGUAUCUGCAGCUCUUGGCUGGGGCAUCAAUAUCUCCCUUGCAUUUUGCAUGGGCAGUGACCUGGAAGGCGUCUUGAACACUCCGAUUGGUCAACCUAUGGCGCAGAUAUUCUAUAACUCUUUUGGUCAAAAGGGAGCGUUAGCCGUCUGGUCUCUCGUCAUUGCGGCACAAUAUUUGAUGGGAUCUAGCUGUCUGCUUGUCGGUUCCCGUCAGUCAUUCGCAUUUUCUCGUGAUGGCGGCCUACCGUUAUCGCGAUAUUUCUACCGAAUCAAUAGCUACACAGGAACGCCAGUCAAUACAGUUUGGCUCGUUGCUUCUCUCGCUCUUGCAAUCGGUCUUCUAGCAUUCGCGAGCACAGAAGCUAUCUACGCAAUAUUUAGCCUCACGGUCACCUCGUCAUACAUAUCUUACAUCACGCCGAUCGUAACCCGUUUCGCUUUCAAAAAUGAUUUCAAGCCCGGUCCAUUUAACCUUGGAAAAUUUAGCUUUCCAGUCGCAGCAAUUGCUGUAUCAUGGAUGGUCUUCAUGAAUAUUGUUUUCUUCUUUCCCACGACCCCAGAGACUACUGUACAAGAGAUGAACUAUACGGUGGUCGUCUUAGGUGGUUUUAUGUCCCUCGCUAUUCUCUGGUAUUACUGCCCGAAAUAUGGAGGAGUACACUGGUUCAAUGGACCUGUAUCAAACAUAGCAUCAGCCGACAAAGGGGACGAUGAUGAAUCUGUGUCAGGGACGAUGGGGAAAGGGGAGGAGUAGAUGUCUUGAUCGUGGAUGUAUGAGUGUAGUUCUCGAUGUUAUUCAAUGACAUCAUCGAAUAGUGUUGCAAUUCAAGUUGUCGUAACAUGGUGAUACCUCGUUUUAGUUUCCAUUCACUCGAAGCCUUCAGAAGUACGUAGCGUUUGCUUGAGUACUAAUAAGCUAGGCCAUAUAGUUAUAUUGAUGUAUCAAUAACCUAUAACGUAUAGGGUUGCCUCAAUAUAUAUUCUUUCCACCAGU